CCAAAUAUCACUAUUAUGAAUUUACUACGAGUUCUAUCUUCAUAUAAAUUGAAGUCUUGCGCUUCUGGGUCUUCUGAAUGUGACGAAAAUCUCGACACUAUUUUCCCGCUGAAUCCUCUUCGGCUCGCAGAUUUUCCCUGGAAACAAACAGUGCAGAAAAUGUUCAAGAACACAUUCCAAUCUGGAUUUCUUUCCAUAUUAUACAGCCUUGGGAGCAAACCUUUGCAGAUAUGGGACAAAGAAGUUGUGAAUGGCCAUGUAAAACGACCACAAGAUGAAGACAUACAAUCAAAUGUACUGGAAAUAAUUGGAUCAAAUAUUCAGUCCACAUACAUUACAUGCCCAGCUGACCCAGCUGCAACACUUGGUAUAAAACUUCCAUUCUUGGUUAUGAUUGUCAAGAAUCUAAAGAAGUUUUUCACUUUUGAGAUUCAAGUUUUGGAUGAUAAGAAUGUCCGACGACGGUUUCGAGCUUCUAAUUUCCAAGCUGUCACUCGAGUAAAGCCCUACAUUUGUACCAUGCCACUGAAAAUGGAUGACGGGUGGAAUCAAAUCCAAUUUAACCUAGCUGAUUUCACUAAGAGAGCAUAUGGCACUAAUUACGUGGAGACGCUGCGAGUUCAGGUCCACGCAAAUUGUCGCCUGAGAAGGAUAUAUUUCUCUGAUCGCCUCUACUCUGAAGAGGAACUACCCCCAGAGUUCAAAUUGUACCUUCCAAUGCAGAAAUCUUGAAAAUGUUGCGGGAGGAUGGAACUGAAGCCACAAGAACAAGAAGACUUGAUGUUAUAUGCUGUUCUGCCUAUUGGCUUAUUUGCUCUAAAAUGUGUCUUUGUUAUAGUAAAAUUAGAACUUCUGCAACUGCUCUAUUCCCUUCCAGUAAGACUAAGCUUGUAGGGUGUCUCUGAUGAUUCUGUAAUUUAGGACUCAAUUUCGGUUAGAUUUGUGCUUUCAUAUGAUGGUUUGAAUGCAAUUUCAUUUAUAACA